CUCCUCUUUUUGGUCCACCACGCACGCUGUCGGCGAAAUAAGCAGGAGGCCGAGAGCCAAUGACAAGUGUUCUCGGAUCCGAGGAAUCUUCGUUGCUCGUCAGAUGUCUUGAUAGCCGGCCGGCGCUGAGCCCCAAAACGAAACUUUUUGGUCCGGAAUGGGGAAACACAGGAUGGCACCAUGGACGACCUCGAUGAGGCCAACUUCUGUCCUGUAUCGGAGACGUUAAAUUGGGGUCGACGUGCAGAUAAUAUCCCACGAUAGUCUCGCACCAUGGGCGGCAACGGUGAUGACGACAUGGCGACUGGCACCAGUCUCGUCGAUUGUCUGCGCCAAGUUGGAGAGAUUCAGGAUGUUUCCUGGAUUGAUAAAAGAACGUGAGGGCCACACCAUUGAGAUAGAGUUAGGAGGCAAGACUUGAGGGUAAUCUUACUCAGCCAUACACAACAUGACUUCGGUACCCAUCUACAGCUCUACCAAUGGCGGGGAUGACAGCAGUUCAAGCAGGAAGAAGCAGAUUCUGCUGAACGCUUUUGAAAUGUCCACCGUCGGACACCUUUCUCCGGGACAAUGGAAAAACCCUACCGACAAAUCAGCAACCAAGAGAGACCUCGACUACUGGAUUAAUCUCGCAAAGUUGUUGGAAAGAGGCGGUAUCAAUGCUCUUUUCCUAGCUGACACGUACGGAGGUUACGAUACAUACGAAGGUAGUCUUGACAACUGCAUUCGUCGCGCGGCACAAUGGCCAAUGACCGACCCUACGAUUCCGAUCAGUGCCAUGGCUGCAGUGACCAAGAACCUCUCGUUCGCCAUCACUGCGUCCACCUCCUUCGAGCCACCAUUUUUGCUUGCCAAACGCUUGUCGAGUCUAGAUCAUUUCACAAGGGGUCGUAUUGGUUGGAACAUUGUCACUUCCUGGAAGAAGGCUGCUUUCAAGGCCAUUGGUCUUGAUAGCCCGAUCCCUCACGAUGAGCGAUAUGCACAGGCGGACGAGUAUUUGAGAGUGCUAUACAAGCUUUGGGAAGGUUCAUGGGCGGAUGAUGCAAUUAUACCUGAUCCCGAAAACGACAGCUAUGCCGACCCCGAUAAGAUCCGAACGAUUCAUCAUCACGGGAAGUUCUUCCAUCUUGACACACGCCACAUCGUCGAUCCCUCUCCUCAGAGAACCCCCUUCCUCUUCCAGGCAGGCACGUCAGCAGCUGGCUCCGAAUUUGCUGCUACCCAUGCUGAGGGCAUCUUUGUUUCCUCUCAUUCUCCCCAGCUCCUGAGGCCUAAGAUCAAACAGAUUAGAGAGAAAGCGGCAGGCCUUGGUCGAGACCCUCAAUCGUUAAAGUUUUUUGCAACCUUCACUCCUAUUAUCGGUGGGCUGGUCCUUGUGAGUGGCUGGACGGGCAUUGAUCUAUCCAAGAUCCCUGUGGAUCAGGAGGUCACUGCUGCGGAUUCGCUGGAGGCGCAUAAGGUUCGCAGCAUUCUCGAUUCUUUCACUACCACGAGCGAGCACGUACCUAAAUGGACACCACGUGUCAUCGCCGAGCGGGCGGCAAUCGGAGGCCUCGGUCCCGUAUCUGUUGGAAGUCCGGAGAAGGUGGCAGACGAGCUGGAGUACUGGGUACCGGAGGGUGAUCUCGAUGGUUUCAACCUAGGAUAUGUGACGACCCCUGGUACCUUUGAAGAUGUUGUUGAUCUUCUCAUUCCCGAGCUUCGACGUCGUGGGAUAUACCCAGAGGCGCCGGGAGAGGAUGUGCGGCUGACGGCCAGAGAGAAAGUCUAUGGUGUGGGACAGAAGGGGUUGAGAGCUGAUCACCCAGGUUCUACUUACAAGUACGAUGUCUACAGGGAAGAAAGCACAGAACCAGAGGAGCACGCUCCAAGCUACUGA